GCCAGAUGGGAUUAGCGAAACCUAUUUACCAGAAGUUCAGAGCAGUUGCAUGAAGCCGAUAGGCAGCCAGGAGGGAGAGGUGAAAAAUGCACCAGAUUUACAGCUGCAGUGAUGAAAAUUUAGAAGUCUUCACUGUGAUUUCUUCCAAAUCAUGUAGCCCAGUCAGAAGAAAAACCAAAAGCACACAAUGCAUCCUAUCAAAAAAGGUGAUUGCAGUGUCUGACUACCAUCCUCAGGGAACAGAAGACAGGCCACAUGAAGGGGAUUUCAUUCAAGUCUUCUGCAAAGAUGAAAGUGGACAAGGCUUUGGCCAUCUGCAGAACAGGCAACAACGAUUCUUCUCUAGUCCUACCAAAUGCCGUGCAACACAUGGAAUUUCAAAACAAUCGACAUUCAGCUGUAGCAGUAACCAGACAGAUUCAGCAUCUUCGCCUCAGGCAUCCCCCAUAUCACGUCACAAUGCAAGACGGAUUGCAAGCACAGAACAAGCACCAAAGGAUAGUGUUUUCUUAGAAGGGCAUGGAAGGCUCUCACGGAAAAAUACUGAAGAAGAACUGAGUGCAAUUCAAGGAAAUGAGGCCUCUUUACCCUUGACAACGAGCACUUUGUAUGGCACGCCCAGCCUCCUGCGAAAAAUAUGGAUGAAGCAUAAAAAGAAGUCAGAAUACCUGGGAGCCACAAACGGUGCCUUUGAGGCAGACUGAGAAGCCUCCUCAUCCUUGUUUCUG